CUGGCAACUCUUAAUUAAAGUCAAAAAAUUUUAGAAUUUAUAUUUGAGGUUUGAGCUAAAAUAAUGACGAGGUCCAUUACCGUUCAUGAAACUUCUAUUCUACGGCGUUGAUUUUUUUUUUUGUAUCAAUAUUAGUGAGUGUUUUUGGCGGUAAUCGGGAUUACUUGUGAAAAUGUAUAGGAAUAAAAAGGACGUCGAUAAACACGUGGAAAGUUUGAUGUACAAAUUGUCAUCUAAAGACUUUACAACUAGGGCAUAUUCAAUAGCACGGUUGUAUUACGAAGUCGGAGAUUAUGGAAGCUGCCAGAAAUAUGUCGAACAGUAUCUUUCACAAAAAUCGAACAAUGCAGCCGCACACAAACUUCUCGGACAGGCAUUCCAAAAAUUAGGAGAGAAAGAAAAAGCUCUCGAACAAUACAAAACUUCUUUUGAUAUUGAUCCUACCCAAACAAGCACAAUCUUGGAUGUUUGUGAACUGUUGGCUGAUGACGAAGUUGACAUUGAUCCAGGCCGUGCAAAAUUUUGGUGUGAAAAAGCUGAAGCUAAUUUUCCUAAGCAUCCAGUAACAUUCCGUUUACGAGAAAAACUUCUUUCUGUUGCCAAUCCAGACCCAGAUGCAUUAGUAAAGUUAUUAAAAAGUGAGCUAGAACUCAGACCAAAAGAUGCAGUCCUCCAUGCACGCUUGCUAAAGCAUUAUCUUCACCAUAGUAAAUAUAAGGAAGCAUUCGAUCACAGCUGCGAUAUUGAAUUGGAUAAAAAAUUAUUUCCUAAUAAUUUUGUCUGGUAUGAAACACUAUCUGAAAUUUUAAAAUAUAGCCCUCUGAAAAUAAAUGACUGGCUGUAUCAGUUGCUGUUGUUAACUGUCAGAGAAAGGAUUUGUGUCUUAAGUUUGACAGAAGUACCAAAUGCCACAACCAGAAACUUAUUGGAAUGUGCUGAUCAUCUUCAUGCUUAUGACCAAGCUGUAAAAGCUGUAUCAAAGUCGGGACCACCUCCCGGGUUCGGAGAAUUCCAUAAUGGUCUUGUACAACAUCACCAUGGACAGUUAGUUUUUCAUGCAGCAUCUUAUUUACUUAAAAAGGCUAAAAAAGAUCAAUUGAAUUGGAAGGAAGCAAAACAAUUUUCGGCACCUUUGAUGUUGUUGGCAUGGGAAACAAUACCUCUUGAUACAAAAGUUAAUUGGCUAACACAUGCACCUGAAAGACAUCAAAAUGCAGUUCGUCACUGGUACAUAGAAGGUUCAUUUCGAUGCUCUCAGGCUGGACAUUACCUACAAUACAUUGCCCAGGAUAAGAGUCAAGUUCUUUUAGAUCAGAUAUCACAAUUUUGCUCUGGCACAAAUUGGAAAGAAAAGCUUUAUGAAAAAAUAUAUUCAGCACCAGAACACUUAGCAAAAAUAAAAUCAUCCUAUUUAGCUUCAAAUCUUUUUAGUAUACCAGCAUUAAGAUUACCAAGAGCAGUAGAAAUACAAGCCUAUGAUGAUGAUGCACAAAGGGAAUAUCCUAACUCUCUCCAUCAUUUUGUAUGGAUUCUAUUAAAUUACAAAAAUUAUGCUGAUUUUAAAUGUACCCUAUUUGACAUGUUAACUUCAACCACUACAAGUUCUGGACCUGAAACAUUAAACAAAACAGACAUUCUGGCUUUCCUUUAUUGUUCUGCAUUGACUGCACAAAAACUUAAAAAGAAAAUGAAUUAUAUGUCAAUAGAAAAACCAAUGCUUCCAGCAAAUAUAACAGACUUAUUAUGUUCUCUGCCUCAAAUGAAAUGGUGGGAUUGUGCUUAUAAAUUAAGUCAAAAUGAAUUAGGUGUUGAAUACACAGACAUUCGUUCUACUCUAAGUCGAGGCAUUGAAGUUAUACGUUGUAUUGAUAAUCAUGGCUUAGAUCCCGAAUUAUUGACUGUUUUAGGUAAUAUAUUCAGUGAGCGAGCAAAAUCUUCAUCUAAAUUAGAAGAAAAAACUAAUUUUGAACAGAGGGCUUACCUUUACUAUUCGUCAGCUAUACCCCUUCUUGAAAAACUAAAAAACAAGUUGGUUAUCAAGUUACCUGAGAAAAGAAUGUUUGAUUACAUGCAUGAAGACCUUGACACAAAAGAAAUAAAUAAUUUAUUGGAAAAGAGUAAAAUCUAUGUAGCCCUCUACCACUUUAAUGAUGGCGAGUAUGAGAAAGCUAUAAAUUUGUUGUCUAACUUAAAGUCUCCUCAAGCUUAUUAUCAUUUGAGUGAUACAUACAAAACAAUUGCAUUAAACGAAAAAAAGGCAGGCAAAGCUUCUGAUAUUGAAAAAAAAUGCUUACUGUUAUUAGAAAAAGCCAAAACUUUUGCAUAUAAGGCAUGGGAUGAAAUCAAAGAUGUGGAAAUUUCUACCUAUAAAACACUAUAUAGUGACACCCAAACACUUAUUGAAGAAAUAGAACUGCAAAUAAAUAGAAUUGAUCGUGAUGUAUCAUCAAUCGCUUUAAAUGAUGAUUUAUCAGAUGAAAAUAUAUCUAUCAAUGAAAUUGGAUCAUUGCGUUUCAAAACAAAUGUUUUUCGAAAUACAAGCUCUACACCUAAGCAUGUAUCUAAACAUCAAUAUAAUGUAAACACUACUGCGUAUCGUACUGCAACAGAUUCUCAGGUCUUCGAAAAUCCACAAACAGAUCAAAUGUUCUUAGAAAGAAUAGAAAAGCAAAUAAAAAACUUACAAAAGCGAGAAAGCUCAAUAAAUGAUUUCAUGGAACAGACAAGAGAUUGGUUUGAUGAAAAUCGAAAAUUAGGAAGUCAAAUAAUAAGUACUAUCAAUUCUAAUAUAGAAAACACCACUGAGCAGUUUAAGCUUCUCAAAACCUCAGUAGACCAAGUUAAAGAACAAAUAGAUGAGUGUAGAAAGGAGUGUAAAGAUGUUGUUGAAUUAAAGAAACAAAUUGCAGACUUAAAAAAGGAAGUUAAUAAAUUGAAGAAAACCGCGUCGGAGCAAACAAUAGAUGAAAGUGAUUUAUACAAUUUAGAAGAAGAUUAUAGACCCAAUGAAAAUACAUCAACAUUUGGUACACAUCUACCAUUUACACCUCCAGUAAUACCUCCAUAUGCACAACGUCUGAUGCCACCUUUCUCUGUCCCGUCUAAUCCUUAUCAGUUAUAUGGACAAAACUUUUAUAAUCUAUAUAAUCAAUAUUCGCAACUUGCUCAAUCGUCUGUUCCUGGUGCACCACCAAUUUUUGAUCCUACUAGAACGCAAAUUAACUAUCCGAGUGUUUUUCCAACUCCAGAUCAAAUGUACCUUGAUGGUGCACAUCUUGUUCCUACAACUUUACCAGCGGCUCCUACUGUUGCCACUGCUCCUGCGGUUCAUAAUGUUCCGUCAGUACCGCCUGUUUCUAUCGCCCCACCUCCUGUAAUAUCUACAUCAAAAAUUUCUUUAGACAAAAAAGAACCUACUAAGUCUUUACCUGUAAAUGUUGUAAUUACCUCUUCAGAUCCUUUGCCAACUGGUUCUAUUGCACCGGCACCAGUUUUAAGUGUCACAAUACCUCAAAAACAUAUAAAAGGGAGUCCUCACAAUUAUCAAAUUCAAAUGCCAACUUCAAAUGAACAAAAAAUGGUGGCACCUCCUUUUUUCCAUUUUCCCCCGUCUGGUAAUAAAAUGGUUGUGACUACGUCAAAUACAACAAAUUGGAAUGCGAAAUCAAUAUUUGCAACAACUCAACCUGAAAACUCAUUACCUACAAAAAGUUUGACUGAUUCUUUUAAAGACCUUGAUAAUUCCAAAAAUGUUGUUGAUGGCGUUUUUACUGGAUUAUCUCCUAAUGCAAGUCUCAACAAGUCCAGAACUCUUUCUGAAAAAAGUAAUACAUCUAUCGAAAAUUACGAUCCGUGCCCUGACUUUAAACCUAUUAUACCUCUACCAGCCGAAGUAAAAGUAACUACAGGUGAAGAAGAUGAAUUAGUUAUUUUUAGUGCAAGAGCUAAACUGUUUCGCUUUACUGAUAAACAGUGGAAAGAAAGAGGUAUUGGUGAAAUGAAAUUGCUUAAACAUAAAGUUACAGGGAAAGUUAGAGUGCUUAUGAGACGUGAACAUGUGCAUAAAAUUUGUGCAAAUCACAUAAUUUUACCAGAAAUGGAAAUAAAACCCAUGAAAAAUGAAACCAAAGCAUAUUUCUGGGUUGCUAAUGAUUUUGCUGAAGAAACUGUUAUAUUGGAAAAAUUCUGUAUCAGGUUUAAAACUGCUGACAUAGCAAAGGACUUUUAUGAUACGUUUGAAAAUGCCCGAAAGGAAAGUUGUAAUCAAAGUAUAGAUAAUAAGAAAAAUGAAGGUGAAACAGAAAAAGAUGUAUCUUCUAGUACUCCUAACAAAGAUAAUUCUGUCCCUAAUCAAUCUGAGAAAACCGUUGUUGGAGGUUUUACUUUUAACAGUAAACCAUCUUUCAAAUCGAUAGAAAAUAUUCUUACUGAAACAAAACCUGCUGAAGUUGGCACAACUAAAAUUAAUGUCUUCAGUGGCUUAACAUUUAAAACGACAUCAUCUGCGCCAUUUUCAAGUAUAAAUAUUUCGAAGAAUGUAAGCAAUAACACUGAGAAAACACAAGAAAAAGUCUCUUCCACUACAAGUAAACUGAAUAAUUCUGAUUUAGUUGAAGAAUUUGAACCAACUACAGAAUUUAAACCAGUGAUACCCUUGCCUGCUCUUGUUGAUCAGAAAACUGGUGAAGAAGAUGAAACUAUUCUGUUUGAACAUAGAGCAAAGUUAUUACGCUUUGACGUCAAUGGAAAGGAAUGGAAAGAGAGAGGGCUAGGAAAUAUUAAAUUAUUAGUCCGUAAUGAUAAUAAUCAAAAACUUCGUCUAUUGAUGAGAAGAGAACAAAUAAUGAAAGUUUGCUGUAAUCAUGCUGUUACAAAAGAAAUGGUAUUCCAAAAGAUGCCUAACUUGAAUACAGCAGUCACAUGGUGCGCUAAAGAUUUUUCAGAUGGAGAGCUGGUACCAGAAACAUUUUGUUUACGUUUUAAGACAGUUAAAGCUUGUGAUGAUUUCCUUAAUGCUGUUAAUAGUGCUCAGGCAAAAAUAGGCGAUGAGUUGAAAGUUUCUAAAGAAGAACAGAUUGUUUCCAAAGAGAGUAGUAGUGGAUUUGGUGAUAAAUUUAAACCUAAACCAGGCGCUUGGACAUGUGAAACAUGCUAUACCAAUAAUUUAGAAACAUUCGCUAAAUGCCCUUGUUGCGAAACACCAAAGCCGACGAGUGCAAACACAAAUUCAAGUAAUACUUCCAGUAAUGUUUCCAGUAACACCUCUAGUAACAUAUCUAGUAAUACAUCUAACUGGGGUGCUCAAUUUAAACCUAAACCAGGUACGUGGGAAUGUAAAGAAUGUUUAAUUCGUAAUGAAGCUGAUAAAGAAUACUGUAAUGCUUGUAAUAGUCCAAAGGAUCCAAAUAUGAAGAAAGAAGUUAAAAAUCUGUCUGAUAAUGUGCCAAAGUUUAAUUUUGGUAUUCCUUCUAACAAGAGCGGUAGCAGCCAGAAUAAUUUGAGUACAUCGGAACCAAAGUUUUCAUUCGGCAUACAAAAAAACUUUGGUGUUCAAGAAACGGAACAAACAGUUGUAAUUUCAAAUGCUAACACGAAUGCUACACCAAAAUUUUGCUUUGGUAUUUCUCAAGUUAAACCAGUAACACCUGGAAUUUCAACUACUGCACCUGAUACACAAAAUGUUAUUAAACCUCAAACGGACAGUGCAGUACCUAUUAAUUUUAGUUUAAAAAAUAAAGAAGAAGAAAGUAUUAAAACGACACCCGUUAAAUCAGCUUUGUGCUCGACACCAACUGCAAAUAUGACUUCAUUUGGAAACAAAGAUGGAAAAUUUCAGUUUUCAUUUAAACCCAAAACUCAAGCUAAAGGAAAAAGCCCUAGCAAAUCACCGAAGGAUAAAAAAGGAGAUGAUAGUGAUGAUAACGAAUAUGCUUCUGAAGACGAAGGACAUCAUAUUCACUUUAGUCCUGUGAUUCCAAUGCCUGAUAAGAUUGAAGUAGUUACUGGAGAAGAAAACGAAGAUGAACUUUAUGGACACAGAGCAAAAUUAUAUAUUUUUGCAAAAGGCGAAUGGAAGGAACGUGGGAUUGGUAUUGUUAAAAUAUUAAAACAUAAAGAAACUGGAAAACUUAGGGUUGUCAUGAGAAGAGAGCAAGUACACAAAAUAUGUUUAAAUUACGCAUUGGGUCCUGAUAAUAUACACAAACCAAAAGACGAAAAAUCAUGGUGUUUUGUAGCCAACGAUUUUAGCGAAGGUGAAAUUAUUCUUCAGAAUUUCUGCAUUCGGUUCCAAAAUAAAGAAGUUGCCUCACAGUUUAAGGAAGCAAUCGAUAAAGCAGUUAAAGAAAAAUAUGGUACUAUUGACCGUCCAGAUAAAUCCCUCAACAGCAAAAAUGCUGAUGGAGAUGAGGUAAUAUUUAUAAAUGAAAUACAAGCUACAAACGAAGAAAAAGAAAAAGCGAAAGAAUUGAUGUUACCUGAAAACUUCUACACUUAUAAAAACAAAGACCCCUGUCAAGGAUGUCGGGGUUGUGAUGGAGACGAUAAUGUCAAGCCUGAAUCUGGUUUGGUUAAAGGUACGAAAGAUUUACAGAAACAAGACUUGACUGUAACACCACUUAAAACAUCUACUUUUAAUUUUCAAAGUCCCGCCAACUCCAUUUAUGGUACUCCCAAUAUUUUCGAAAAAACUGUCGACACAACAAUUUUCCGCACUCCAUUAAGUAGCAAUGGAUCAAGUACGAAAACUUCAUCACCAACUACUUCAAAUUCAAGUUUUGGAGGAAAUGAUACAGUUGAUAAAGAAAAUACUUUAACUGACAAGCUACAAAACCUUAUCAAACCAGUUUCAUUUGUUAGUGGUGGUCAAACACAAAAUAUGUCAUCAGUUUUAGCUGCACCUAAAUUAGGUUCCGUUAAUUCUUCUGCUGAUAAUGGGUCACCAGCAGUAAAACCUGCAUUUGGAUUCACAGAGAACAAAUCAAUAUCUAAUGAAAAUAAAAUUGGCGUAUCUUCCAAUAAAUCUAUAUUUGGUUUUAAUUUGCAAAGUAAUAAAGAUGAAACACAGUCAGGAAACAAUAAAUCAAUAUUUGGAGUUGAUUUCAAAGCUGGGCAACCCAAUUCUCAAGGAAGUAUAUUUGGAAUUGCAGCUUCGAAUACAAAUAAAACUUCAGGAAUAUUUGGCUCUACUGGAACGUUUACAUUUGGAAAUGUCACCCAACCCAAUGAAAAUUCUUCAUCAAUUUUUGGAAAAGCAGUUGCAGAAAAUCUUUCUAUAUUUAGUGAUAAGGUAGAUAUUUCAUCUAACAAACCAGUGGAUUUAAAAACUAACGUUGACUCUACUGGAAAGUUUACAUUUGGAAAAAAUAUAGUUCUGCAGAAUCAAGAAAAUGGAAAACCUCUUGGAAUGUCACUGACUACUGAAAAACCAGUGACUGUUGAAAAUACAGGAAGUCUCAUUAAGGAAACUAGUGCAGAUGUCAAAUCAGUACAGGACACAAAACAAGAAAGUAUUCCAUUAAAGGUUGAUAAUUCAUUAACAUUUGCUGCAUUAUCUACAAGUGGUCCUGGAUUUGGUAUUCAAAAAAAGUCUGAUUUUCAAUGGGAAGGAGCUGGACAGCAGCUUUUUGUAAGCAAAUCUAACGAUACUCUUGAUAAAUCGAAGUCAAGUGUCGGUGACCCUGAUAACUCGGUGGGGGCUGCUGCCGUGGAAGAAGAGUACGACCCAUAUUAUGAACCCAUUGUCCCUCUCCCUGAUAAAAUAGUUGUUACAACAGGAGAAGAAGAUGAGGAAAAAUUGUUUGGUGAACGCUGCAAAUUGUACAGAUAUGACGAAAAGACUCGUGAGUGGAAAGAACGUGGUGUUGGAGAAAUGAAAGUAUUAUAUCAUCCCCAAAAAAAUAGCUAUCGAUUGUUGCUUCGGAGAGAGCAGGUGCACAAAGCAGUAUUGAACAUGUUAAUAUUUAAAGACUUAGAAUUAUUGCCAAUGAAAAAUUCUGAUCGCGCUUGGACUUGGUACGGGAAUAACUACGCCGAGAGUGCAGGCGAACAAGAAACCUUAGCUGUUAGAUUCAAGUCAGUGGCUUUAGCGACUUCUUUCCAGGAAAAAGUCAUGGAAUGCGUUAAAAAGCUACAAGUAGCCGCUGCAGAUGCUAUUAGAAAAGAAAACGAGGCCAAAGAAAGACAUGUCGGCAGUGUCAAUCCGAAACAUUUAGAGCCAGAAACUCGCGUAGAAACCUUCCCAUCAAACAUACAGGCAUCAUCAAGUGAAAGCAGACAAGGAACAGAGUAUUAUCAAGAUGUCAAAAGUAAAAGUAGUUUAGAGCAAAAGGUCGAAGACAGUGAAACACACAAAUCACCUGUGACUGAAGUAACAAAACAGGUUCAUUUCGAGAAGGAUCAAGAGCAAGUUGAAUAUAAUGAAGAGUAUGAACAUGGCUAUGACCACAAUGAGGACUCUGAUUGUUAUUACAAUGAGGAGGAGGAGUCAUCGCUGUACUACCCGUGCAGGGCGCUGGUGCAGGCGGCGGACUCGCAGAUGGCGUUCGACCCCACGUGCGUGCAGGUGUCCUUCGACCAGGAGAUCUGCUCGCCCAAGAUCCUCGUCACCGACUUCAACACCGGCGAGAUACUCGCCGACAUGCUCAUACACACUGACACCGAGUUUCAGCUUUCUGGCGAUACUUGCACGUGGACGGGAAUGGACUACACAAGCAAUAAGUCAGUGGAAAAGACAGUUACGAUUACAUUUAUCGAUAGCGACACCGCUAUGGAGUUCUAUGACAGUUGCGAGACGAGUAAAGCAGCUACAUAUGCAUCAACAGAUUCUGAAUCAUAAGAUAAUUGUAGAAAAAAAAAAUAGUUGGCUUGCGUUUGACUUAGUUUAUAAGUGUGUAGUAUUGUUUUAUCUAUAUUGAAGUCGUUAUAGACGUUAAUAUUAAUUAGAAUAGACUUUUUGUUACCUUUUUUUUUGUCAUCGAGAUCACUGAGAGUGUAAUAAAAUAUAAAUUAAAACUAAGUCGUAAGAGUAUUGUUUGGUAUUAAAAGUUUUAGUAUUUGAAAAAUCGACGCUGUAGUUUGGGGUAUAGUGACUCAAGAAUUUUAACUACUUAAAUCAGAAAUUGCCAAUGUUUCGGUUGAAUUCUAUUCUUUUCAUAAUUAUAUUUCCAAACCUAAUGUAAUUCGCCAAAGAAGUCUUACAAAAUCUAAAAUUCGAAUUCUAUAAUAGCAUUUGAAAUGCAUUUUUAACUUCGCUAUGAUGUAAUUUAAAACUUAACGUAAAGUCGACAAAUUUGGCGAAUAUGGCGAAUUUGGCGAAUAUGCGAGUUAUUAAGGGAUAUUCCAUUAGUUUCAAUUUAUAAAUUUACGUUUGAAUAAAUAAAUGUUUAUUAGGUUUUCAUAUUUUUUUUUUAAUAACUUCCAUACGAUAUAGAAAUUAGAAAUCGUUAUCUUUUAAUUGUUUGAUAGUAGCUUCAGUUCAUUGAUAUAAAUUUAAUACUUAGGAUAUAUUUGUUAAGGUUAGAGGCUGCUUCUUAUUUAAUAAACAAUUCUUCAUAAUUAAAUACUAUAAUAUAUUUUCCAUUACAAUCAAAUUUAUAUUUUCAUAGGAGUUAACUGUAUAUUAAUAAUGGUAAAAAUUAAUUUAUUAAAAUUUUAUAAUUAUAACUGUGUAUUUGUUUUAAUAUUGAUAACAGUUGCAGCCUCGCCUUUAUUGUAGACCUCUUUGUUUGCUAAAGAGAAUGUUGCUUAAGGAGAUCUGAUCAAUAUAGUUUUUCCUUUAAAAGGAAUUCUUAGAGAAGUGCUAAAUUAUGUAAUUAUAAAAUAUAUUAUUUGUAAUUAUUUUUAAUUAUUAGGUUGAUCAGGUCUUUUUAUCAUUGUAAUUAAAUGAUAAAAUAACAAUACUGGAUUCAUAAUCGUUGGCAUUGAAGUGAAUUCAGUAUUGCUUGGGAUUGAAAUGAGAAACGGAGUAAAUUGUUUUAGAUUACUUCGUUGAGCUCCUAUUAAAUUACUAUGUAAUCGUUUCCAUUUCUCAUUUGAAUAUGACAUUGUGAAAAUCUUAUUACUUUGAAUAAAUACUUAAAUAAAAUGAA